AUGACAACGAUCACUUCUACAUUCACCGAAAAUGAAAAAACAUCAAUUAGCAAACUUAAAGAUUGUCUUCCCGAUAUUAUAAAAGAUUCUGGUGUUCCUGAAAACUACGCUCUUUGGGGCGUUCUCUUAGAUAAAAAUUCAACAGAUGAACGACUUGACAUUAUUCUUGUGAAAUUUUUACGGGCCAAAAAUUGUGAUGUUUCGCAAGCAAAAGAAAUGUUAACAAAAUCCUUGAAAUGGCGUCUUGAAUUCCGAGCAGAUACCAUACUUACCGAAUCCUUCCCUUCUGACGUAUUUUGUAAAGUUGGAUUCAUUCAUAAGCAUGACAAAAAAAAUAGGCCCGUCACUUACAAUUUAUAUGGUGGCCUUAAUAAUGAAGAAGUAUUUGGAAAUUUGGAUAGAUUUUUAAGAUGGAGAAUUCAAUUGAUGGAAAAAGGAAUUCAAUUAUUGGAUUUUAAAACUAUUGAUCAAAUGAUUCAAGUUCAUGAUUAUAAUUUGAUCACUUUUGCCUCGUAUGAUACAACUGCUAAGACUGCCAGUAAAACUGUUACCCAAAUUAUGCAGGAUAAUUAUCCUGAAUUUUUGGCGGUGAAAUUUUUUGUUAACGUUCCUUGGUGGGGUGACUGGGUGUUUAAAUUUAUUUCAAUAUUUUUGUCUGAGCAAACAAAAGCAAAAUUUGUUGUCACAUCUGCUAACGGUGUUAAAGAUAGUAUGUUGGAGGUUAUUGAUGAAGAUAAUUUACCGGUUACUUAUGGUGGUAAAAGUAUUGUACCCGAGCUUGAAAAUAAGGGAAGCGCAGAUCAACCACCUUCCGAAUAA